AUGGCAGCCACAAAGUUGCUUCGAGCGAUCAUCAUGGGAGCCCCGGGCUCUGGUAAGGGUACGAUCUCAGCUCGUAUCGUACAAGAUUUUGGAGUGAAGCAUAUUUCCAGCGGCGAUCUGUUACGAAAACACGUCAACGAAAAAACAGCCAAUGGAUUAAUAGCAAGGCGAUACAUGGAAGCAGGAGAACUGGUUCCUGAUAAUUUAAUGUUGCGUAUGGUAUCACAGGAGCUUUCACUGUUAUCCCAUGCUAGCUGGUUACUUGAUGGCUUCCCCAGAACUGUGGAGCAGGCUCAUGCACUUCUGCGAGAUUACCCUAUUGAUGUGGUCCUGAAUCUGCGGGUGCCAUUUGAUGUCAUCAUUGAUAGAAUCAAAGGCCGCUGGACUCAUCCUGGAAGUGGGCGAAUUUAUCACACAGAAUUCAAUCCUCCUAAAGUUCCAGGAAUUGACGAUGUGACUGGGGAGCCUUUAAUACAGCGGGAAGAUGACAAAGAGGAGACUGUGAAAGCUCGACUUGAGCAUUACAGGCGGCUUACACAUCCUGUCUUACAGUUUUUCAGAAACAAGGGAAUGGUGGAGGAGUUCACAGGCAAAUAUUCCAACGAGCUAUGGCCACAGAUCCACGAAGCUCUGUCUCAGCUGGUGAAACCAAUCCAGUACACACAUUACAAGUGA